AUGGGCACUGGUGGUGGAUCUCUAGAGCAAGAAUUUCAAGGAUUUUCAGCAGUCUGCCCGGGGAUGGGUGUAGCGUUGGUCGGAAGUGUUGGGAUUCACAGACUUUAUAUAUACUUGGAGUAUGUCUCUAGUGGGUCUAUCUAUAAACUGCUUCAAGAAUACGGACAGUUAGGUGAAAUUGCAAUUCGGAAUUACACCCGGCAAAUUCUUUUAGGACUUGCAUAUUUGCAUGCAAAGAACAUUGUUCACAGGGACAUCAAAGGAGCAAACAUAUUGGUGGACCCUAAUGGACACAUAAAACUGGCAGAUUUUGGGAUGGCUAAGCGUAUAACUAGGCAGUCUCUUCCAUUUUCUUUUAAAGGAAGUCCUUACUGGAUGGCACCUGAGGGUGUUGCCAAGCCCAUUCCAACUGAAGUGCAGACACGUUUGUUGGGAAGUCAUAUAUACACAAAAUUUUCUAGAUGUGGUGCAGCAGAAGUACUCGACGGAUUAAAUGUUGAUAAUAAUGCUAUCAUAGAUGAAGCAAAAGCCGAUGCAGUGAUUGGACAGUCACAACAGCAAUUCCUUGUUCGUACUGGGGCCAUAGAAAUGGGAGAAACGACAUCUCAUUCUGAAUAUUCAGAUAACCAGCCGCGUUAUACACUUUUACAUCAGAUUGACGGGUUUGCUCGUUUAGUACUGAAAGAUAAGUUGGCAAUACUAAGAGCUGCAGAGUCAAUUGCCAUAUGCAUAUUGCAUUCAAGAAGGCUGGUGCGGUAA